GCGGGGAGGUUGUGAAGGCGGAUCGGGGGGUGAAGAUGGUACCCAGUGCACACACCCUGUCCUGGAGUUGCUCAAAGUGUGGUGAGAUGCACCACGAUGAAUGCGUCAUCUCGCAGCCGGAAUCCGACACACAUGGGGUUUCGUCUGGAUUUGGCUGCACGAAAUGCAGAGUCCCCUUGAUACCUGCACAGUUGGCGCGCCAAUGGCUAUAUCGCUUGAAGUUGACUCUCUGGGGAAGAAGACAGUCUCUACACUCGGCCCUGUACUUGAAAGACUUCGCAGAUUGGGCGGUGCAUUCAAAUCCCGGGCUCGCUCGAUGCUUUUUCGUGGACUUCGACUCCGACGCCUGAGUCCAGCAUCUCCGUGUGCAAGUCACUGCGCUGUGCCACUCCCUCGGUUGGCGUUGCGAAGGUUUGCCACAUUCAUCACAAUCAUCACCGGAUUUCAAACUCCGACAAAACCGAAGACGGGGUGCGAGCUUCGCUCUUGGAUGAGCUACAUGAGAAGUUCCACCUUAUUCUCCGGUAUAAGCAGCUUCGGCUGUCGAAGGAGUACCUUCUAGAUCCAUCCAAAGUUAGCCUCCGAACAGGGCUCGUCGGGCGAGACCCGAGACAUGGUGCUGUGCUGCGGUGACCGUUGAGAG